UUUUUCGAGAUUCCGGGAAGAAAAUGCCAAGACAUUGCCAGUUGGUGCCGUGUUUGCAUUGUUGUCAAACAUCUCUCCGCCGGUCAUAGCCAGCAUCGCAACUUGCCAGCUUUAAACACCCAGAUACAUAGUUAACUAACUACCUUAAUAUCAAAGGUAUCGUAAUCAGACAAACAUCGAAACGGCAUAGGAUUAUGUGAGGUGGUCGAGGUUAGCAUUUUGCUAUGCGCAACACUGUGGUAUACUCUAAUCCGAAAUCAAGCAAACAUCACCGCAGGUAUAACCUCCCAUUAUAUUUACAACCUACGUGCACUGCCCGCGGCAAUCAUGAUCUCCCCGGGCCUUCAAACCCGCAUAACCUCCCUCUCAACAACCCACAGACAAACCAUCUCCCUAAUUCAACGUCUACAAAACCUGCCCGCUACCCCAGGCACCGGCGACGAUGCACGCCUCGAGCUUGCUGCGGAGAUCCAUCUCCGUCUAAAGGAGAUGGAGGAGCAGAUGGAGUUGCUGCGUGUUGAGCUGGAGCAGUUGGAAUCUUCGCGGAAUAGGAAAAGGGAGAGUGGAGUUAUGGAGGCGGAGAGGGAGAGGGUGGUGGUUGUGGUUGGGAAGCUGGAGGAGGAUUUGAAGAGUGCCAGGAUGCAAUUCCGCAAAGCGCAGUUGCAAGCGAAACGAAAUGCGGAGGCUGCGAGGCGGAAAGAGAGACAGCUGUUGUUUGCUAGGGCUGAAGGGGGAGAGGGCGGCAGCGAGGGAAUGCGGCGAAAAGGCCGUGCCGGUCUUACGCAUGAUGACCUGGUAGCCAGUGCUGCGGAAGAUAUUACUGCUGCGCUGCGGCGGACGCAUCAGCUUAUGCAAGCGGAGUUGUCCAGGAGCCAGUUUGCCCAGGAAACACUAGAACAAUCUACGGCGGCGCUUAGUUCGCUCUCGGAAUCGUACAGUACCCUCGACACACUCCUCGCCUCGUCCCGCUCGCUCGCAAUAUCGCUGCUCCGCUCACAGAAAUCGGAUACAUGGUACCUUGAAACUGCAUUUUACAUAUUAAUCGGAACCAUCAUCUGGCUCGUGUUCCGGCGCAUACUCUACGGCCCUCUCUGGUGGUUGCUCUGGAUGCCCUUGAAACUGAUGGUUCGGAUGAUAUUCCCGAUCCUAGGCGGCAUAGGUUUAGCAAAUAAAUCUUCCCAGAUACCAGGUUCGCCCCUAACAUCGUUAUCACUGAGUAAUUCGGGGGCUAGUGUCCUUUCAGAGACGCCGUCGGCGGUGAUUAAUGGAGCUACUUUGAAGAGUGCAUCGGCAUCAUCGUCACUGUCAUCAGUGGAUGCUGAGCAGACGGGAACACCGCAAGCGGAGAAUGAAAGCAUAUUGGGUGAAGUAGAGAAUAUCGUUAAGAAGGGAAGUGAUAAUCACGAGAAGGGAACAAAUGUAGAUGAUAUAUCCCCUGAAGAAAGACGGAGACAGGAGCAGUUACCUCGGAAUCCGAAGAAGAGGAUGCAUGAGGAGCCGAUCAAGGAGGAGAAGAGAAAGGAUGAGCUGUGAGGUUUUCUUUUUGGCUGUAUUUGUUUAUAGAAAGCACUGAAUAGUUAAGUUAUGAAGUGAUGAGAUAUGAAUAUCAUCUUAGAAAUAUAUCUCCUUCUGAUAAUUAAAAUACAAUUCAGUUCUAGUGGUUUGGAA